AUGAGGUUGGUUGAAGCGUUGAUUCUUCAUUUUCCUGAGAUUGUGCGCGUGAAAGCCUCAACACUGACCGGGUUUCUGCCUCUACACUUAGCCGCAAAGAAAGGUCAUCAUGCUAUAUGUGAAAUGUUGAUUAUAGCGUACCCAGACGCAUGCAUUGAGCACAAUACUAAUGGAAUGAAUCCACUUCACUUGGCCGCACAGGGAGGCCAUCUUGAAGUAUGCCUACUCUUGCUUGCAAGUUGCCCAAUGGCGUGCAUGGAGCUGGAUGUUACUGGCUUGAAUCUUAUUCAUGUUGCCGCUCUGAAUGGGAAUGUUGAUGAAGUUCUCCAACUUCUUCUGAGCCAUAGUUCGUCUUGUGCGGCUGUGAAACAAAGACAAGGUAACAGGCAAACGAUUAUGCAGGCGUGCGUCGACUUUGGCCGAUUAGAUUCUGUUAUGAUUUUUCGACAACAUCCCUCGUGGUCCGAGCUGAGAUCAACAGUUGAUGAUGACAGAAACACGAUGUUGCAUCUCGCUGUCAAAAAGAUGAAACACGAAUUUGUCAAUUACUUUGUUUCUGAAAAAACAAAGUCAAGAGCUUGCACAAGAACAAAAGUGGGGAGUCUGAGCUUGAAUUGGCAGGACACAACGAGGAAAUGA